AAACAGUGUGUGGUGCCAUCAAAUCUACCAGUCUUUCCAGCUUCGCCGUGGACCAGAAAUGUUUUCUGCCGUGAUCCUAUAACUAAGUAUUGUUGCUUUAUAUAUUAAUGCAGCUGAAACGCUGAUAGCCAGUGAUCGUCCUAUCAACCAACCCACAGUGUCUCCUUCCGUAUCCCUCAUGGCGUCCACCGAACUUGCUACGGAGCGUGCUAUGUAUGUUGGGAAUACCAUUUCCACAGCCGUUUAUGGAGGAAAUUUAUUCCUAUAUGCUUACUCUACCUACCUGCUUACUAGUAGGACCUCCGAGAUCAAGCAAGUGCAGCACAGGAUAUUCUACAUAUGUUUUGGAGGCAUUCUCUUGCUUCUUUUGACAAUCAGUAUCGCAAGUAACAACGCCUUCUGUGAACUAAUGUGGAUAGAAAGGCGAAACUACCCUGGUGGCCCUCCUGCAUUUUUUGCUUCAAAUUUGGCCGCUUGGUACAAUGUCUUUGGCACUUCGGCAGUGUCCCUCGCAAAUAUGAUGACGGACGGACUCUUGCUUUAUCGCUGUUACAUUAUUUGGGAGUCAAGAUUGCCAGUAAUCGUCAUCCCUGCAAUUAUAUACCUGGGAUCUGCCACUAUGGCUGUCAUGAUGGUGAUUGAGAGUGCUAUGCCAAUGUCAAGUCUAUGGCAGGGCCUUACCGCACAAUUCGGCAUUUCAUGGGUCGCGUUAACUGUCAGCUUUAACAUAAUUGUGACUACAUUAAUCUUUUCCCGACUACUAUUCUUUUAUCGCAGAGUACGAUCUGUUCUUGACGAUGAACAGAGAAUUUUUUACACGGGCAUUAUGGCAAUUCUGGUGGAGUCUGCCCUCCCUUUCACAGUUCUGGGAAUCGCAUGCUUCGCCACCUAUAUCCAAGGUAUCCCAAGUGCGACGGCGGUAGAAAUAGUCUGGGCAGCCUUCGUGGUUUUGACACCCCAGCUCAUCAUUUUAAGGAUCGCUUCAGGGGUUGCGUGGUCAAAAGACAUGGCCUCUAACAUCACUCAAACAACUCUGCAUGCAACUUUCCAUCACAACUCAGCUUCUACUAGCAGCAGCAGUGAUAUGAACAGUAAGAAUCCAUAAUAGUAGGGUUCUGGUAUAUGGUGCCACAUCCACGUCCAAAUUAUUAGCAUUCGAAUCACAAUGUUUGCAGGAUAUCUUCCACCCGUUUUAACUUUAUCAUUAUUAUUAUACUCUUACACUUACUACUAGUUUAGCGAAUUUAAA